AUGGCUGCCAAUGUGAUAAAGAUACAACCAGGACCACCCCUCAUGGCUGCCAAUGUGAUAAAGAUACAACCAGGACCACCCCUCAUGGCUGCCAAUGUGAUAAAGAUACAACCAGGACCACCCCUCAUGGCUGCCAAUGUGAUAAAGAUACAACCAGGACCACCCCUCAUGGCUGACAAUGUGAUAAAGAUACAACCAGGACCACCCCUCAUGGCUGACAAUGUGAUAAAGAUACAACCAGGACCACCCCUCAUGGCUGCCAAUGUGAUAAAGAUACAACCAGGACCAUCCCUCAUGGCUGCCAAUGUGAUAAAGAUACACCCAGGACCACCCCUCAUGGCUGCCAAUGUGAUAAAGAUACAACCAGGACCACCCCUCAUGGCUGCCAAUGUGAUAAAGAUACAACCAGGACCAUCCCUCAUGACUGCCAAUGUGAUAAAGAUACAACCAGGACCACCCCUCAUGGCUGCCAAUGUGAUAAAGAUACAACCAGGACCACCCCUCAUGGCUGACAAUGUGAUAAAGAUACAACCAGGACCACCCCUCAUGGCUGACAAUGUGAUAAAGAUACAACCAGGACCACCCCUCAUGGCUGCCAAUGUGAUAAAGAUACAACCAGGACCACCCCUCAUGGCUGCCAAUGUGAUAAAGAUACAACCAGGACCACCCCUCAUGGCUGACAAUGUGAUAAAGAUACAACCAGGACCACCCCUCAUGGCUGCCAAUGUGAUAAAGAUACAACCAGGACCACCCCUCAUGGCUGCCAAUGUGAUAAAGAUACAACCAGGACCACCCCUCAUGGCUGACAAUGUGAUAAAGAUACAACCAGGACCACCCCUCAUGGCUGCCAAUGUGAUAAAGAUACAACCAGGACCACCCCUCAUGGCUGCCAAUGUGAUAAAGAUACAACCAGGACCACCCCUCAUGGCUGCCAAUGUGAUAAAGAUACAACCAGGACCACCCCUCAUGGCUGACAAUGUGAUAAAGAUACAACCAGGACCACCCCUCAUGGCUGACAAUGUGAUAAAGAUACAACCAGGACCACCCCUCAUGGCUGCCAAUGUGAUAAAGAUACAACCAGGACCACCCCUCAUGGCUGCCAAUGUGAUAAAGAUACAACCAGGACCACCCCUCAUGGCUGACAAUGUGAUAAAGAUACAACCAGGACCACCCCUCAUGGCUGCCAAUGUGAUAAAGAUACAACCAGGACCACCCCUCAUGGCUGCCAAUGUGAUAAAGAUACAACCAGGACCACCCCUCAUGGCUGACAAUGUGAUAAAGAUACAACCAGGACCACCCUGGCGGUUGCUUAUGUAA